AUGGCGGACUCGCUGUCGUCAGGUCUGGGAGACGAGAAAGAGAAGGAGAAGGAGGACAGGGAGAGGAGCAGACACGCUGCCAAAGCAGAGAAGAACACGGAGAAAGACGACGUCAGGGAGACGCUGAGCUCAAAAGAUAAAAAUGGCGGCAAUAUGGGCAAGAAACGCAACCUGUCAGACCUGUCUCUGGUCCGAUUUAUAACGACUGAGCUCACCAGAGGCUACUUCUUGGAACACAAUGAGGCCAAAUACACAGAGCGCAGAGAGAGGGUCUACACCUGCCUCCGCAUCCCCAAGGAGCUUGAGAAGUUGAUGACAUUCGGCUUCUUCCUCUGUCUGGAUGCCUUUCUAUAUGUUUUCACCCUGCUGCCUCUCAGGGUGAUUCUGGCCCUUUUACGGCUCCUCACUUUGCCUUGCUGUGGCCUCAGUGGCUCCCGCCUACUCCAACCAGCCCAGGUGUGUGAUGUGCUGAAAGGCUUUAUUAUGGUGCUGUGUUACUCUAUGAUGAGCUACGUGGAUUACUCCAUGAUGUACCAUCUGAUCAGGGGACAGUCUGUCAUCAAACUCUACAUCAUAUACAACAUGUUAGAGGUGGCAGACCGCCUCUUCUCAUCAUUUGGACAGGACAUCCUUGAUGCUCUGUACUGGACAGCAACAGAACCAAAGGAAAAGAAGCGCGCUCACAUAGGCGUGAUUCCACACUUCCUCAUGGCUGUGCUAUACGUCUUCCUCCAUGCCAUCCUCAUCAUGGUUCAGGCCACCACUCUCAACGUAGCCUUCAACUCUCACAACAAGUCUCUGCUCACCAUCAUGAUGUCAAAUAACUUUGUGGAGAUCAAAGGCAGUGUUUUCAAGAAGUUUGAAAAGAACAACCUCUUCCAGAUGUCAAACAGUGACAUAAAAGAGAGGUUCACCAACUACAUCCUCCUGCUCAUCGUCUGUCUGAGAAACAUGGAGCAGUUCUCCUGGAAUCCUGACCACUUGUGGGUGCUGUUUCCUGAUGUCGUCAUGGUGAUAGCAUCAGAGGUUGCGGUCGACAUUGUCAAGCAUGCCUUCAUCACCAAAUUCAACGACAUCAGUGCUGAUGUGUACGGGGAAUACAGAGCGAGUCUGGCCUUUGACCUCGUCAGCAGUCGACAGAAAAAUGCUUACACAGACUACAGCGACUCUGUAUCCAGAAGAAUGGGCUUCAUCCCGCUUCCACUAGCUCUACUGUUGAUCAGAGUAGUGAUGAGCUCUGUGAAGAUUCAGGGUUCGCUCUCUUUUAUGUGUGUCCUGCUGUUUUACCUGGGGAUGAUCACUCUGAAGGUGCUCAACAGCAUUGUUCUUCUGGGGAGGUCGUGUGUGUUUGUGAAAGAGGCCAACAUGGAAGAAAAGCUCUUUGACCCUCCACCCUCGGCUGUCUCCAGUCGUGUAAACUCCAGAGCUCACCGCACCAAACAUGUUCACAUUGUACCACAACCAGAUCCCACAAUCGACAAAGGGGGAAUACCACUUUCAUCACAUACUACUCAGCCUGCCAACAUGGCAGAGAGUGCCGCCCCUACACUCCCAAAGAGCGACUCCGACACAUUCCUGACCACGCCAGACGAGGAGGAAGACGAAAAAAUCAUCAAUGUCGACACUGGACUGGAAGGAGGUGGACUUGAACCCAGAACGCCCAAGAAAGAUUUGCUGGAAAUAGACCGAUUCACCAUCUGUGGCAACCGGAUAGACUGAAAGCCAUAUUCACAAGCAGUCAGUGUCCUGGCUAAAUAGUGAGUUUGGGGUUCAGACACAGGUCACGAGCAUGCUCAGACCAAACCGAUUUUUUGUGCCUGACCCCUGGAGUAUUUAUUUAUUUAUUACAGACAAAACCAGCCAAGGCAUUAAGCUGUUACUACAAGCCUAAAAGGUUGUUUCAGAUGUUUCCAUCUGUUCAAGUCAGAGCCUAGGAGCCAGGAAGACACUGAGGAAGGGUUUUGUGUGUCAUAGCAACCUGCAGACUGCCUGAUGAUGAAGACUGGGGAAAAACUGGCAUCCACUGCUGGAGGAGAGCACGAAGAUGGAUACAUUUAAAGUUACAUAUGUGGGUCGCUGUGUGAUCCAAACCUCCAAAAUGACAGCUGGACUGUGCAAGUGUGUGUCCUAAAGCACAAUCCUGUCUACAGCGCAGAGAUGUAGAUGUCAUUUUCUUUUUUUCAGAUUGAGUUUUGGGCUUUUUUUCCCUUUUAUUUGAUAGGACAGUAGAUAGGAAACCCGGGAGAGAGUGAGGACUGACAUGCGGGAAAGGGGCCACAGGUCAGACUCGAACCUGGCCGCCCACUUGGUGGACUAUAGCCUCUGUACAUGUUUUGUGACCUAACCACGCGGCCAUCUGCGCCCCGCAGAGUUGUUUUAAGAAAGAACAAACCUUGUCAACUUUUGUACUUUUUUAUUUUCAAAUCCUGAAAAUGUCUUAUAUUUUAAAUGGCGUUUUUAUGAAAAAUCAGGGGUUGUUUUUCCACACACAAUAUUUCAGCAAGCACACACUCAAAGCUCUGUUCAAGUUGAGUUAUUGCAAUGAGCCAAGAAGUUCAAAGCCUUUUGAUAUGGCAGAAAUGACACAGAAAACAGUCGUAUAUGAGUACAAGUCAUCAGUUGACAUGCUCAUGGGUUGGACACAACAGUGACUUGACCUUUUUAGACAGAGGAAACAGGAUGGAGAUUUUAGUAUUGUGAAGUUUGUGUUGUGUGGUUACCCUGAGGCACUGAGAUACAAUGGUGCAUAUUUCUUUUUAAAAGGCCCAGAAUUUUUUUGGAGUUUACUCAAAACAAGAACAAUUUAGAGGGGUUUUAUUUUUUUUCAUAUGCUUCACAUGUACGUCAUUGUACAAACAUUUAACCUACAGGUAAUCAUGGUGUGUCAUCACUGUGUCCUUGGUAUUGGAGAGCGAUUUAAAGAAAAAUAAGCUUACAUGUAUGCUGCUGUCUUUUAAGGAUACGUUUGAGAAACAUGAAGGAGAAUUGUACCAGCACUGUGAUCUUGUGAAAGCAGUAAACCCAGCCGUUUUCACAUGCCAAAAUCCUGUUAAAUUGGAAAAAUCAUGUCUGAUCUCAAAGAUUCCCGGCAUUUUUUGUUGCAGUUGGCUGUUGGCUUUGAUUGUUAGAACUCUGAAAAUGUAAGUUUGCUAGUCAGUAAGAUGUUAUGAAACGAUAGUAUGGUAUACAGGAAUUGACAGGAAUUAUGCAUCCUGUGCAAAAAACUAGUUUCAGCAGGGGCUGCAUCUUUCCAAUAUUUUUUAUUAUCCAUUAAUCUAAAGAUUGUUAAAUGGUGAUUAUCUUUUCAUUUUCAGAGUCCAACGUGACCACUGCAAAUAAGGUAUUUUGCCCAACCAAGGGUCCAAAACCCCCUUAACUUUCUGUCAUAAAUGACAAUAAAAGCUUCAGAUCUUUACAUUUAAGAAGCUGAAACCGGCAUAUCCGACACAACCAUUUUAUCUGAAAAAUGACUUGCACAUUAUAUAGAUAAUCAUUAUGUGUUCCUAUUAUUUUUCCAUUAAUAAAAACUAUACAUUGCAACUUUAGAUCAACUUGGCUUUACUCAACAUUUGAUGCCAGUACCCUGAUUGCAUCCAGGACACAGCCCCACACCCUUAAAAAUCAGAGAAGUUAUUUUAACAUUUCAAACUAUUGUUCUGAUGUUCAAGCAGAGUCAUCAAGGACACACACUGACAACCUUUAAGAAAUUGAUCUUUUUGCUGUGCAUUGAGUCAAUAGUCAAACCCAAGUUACAACUUUUUUUUCCCUAUAGGAAGGGUAGCUCCCCCCACAUUUUGUACUUUCUAAACAAAACAACAGACUUUAUGACGAGAUGUACAGUAUUUAUCUAUAUUAAUGAUUAUUUUAAGUUUUUAUACAAAAAUUAUACGUUUAUAUUUUUCAUGUGGAAUGCCUAACAUGUUUGAGGAUGAUUAAUUUUCAGGCUUCCUGGUAAGCAGUCAGACUUGCAACUUGGAACAAAAUAUGUAAAACAAAACUCUUCUUAGUGACAGCAGCAUAGGAUCAAAACAACCUGCGACCACACACACAUACGUACACACACACUUUCUAUCACUCCUCCUCACUCUUUUACAUCUUCAGCAAGGAACUAGUGGUUCAAAAAAAGGCAGGGGACAAGACACUGCAAAUGUUAUUGAAUAAUACAUGAGACCUUACUGUCAAAAGGAAGGUAAAUAACAGCCUUUUUUGAUGGAAGGAUUGAAGAGUGUGGAUCCAUCAUGGCAGUGUGUUUAUAUGCUUGUGUAAAAAUGUGUGAGAGAGUUAAUCUGCUCUGCAUGGAUGAAUCUCACAAUCAAAAGUCAUUCUACACGUACUGUAUACAUCUGAUUUUUCCCUCCCUUGUUUUUUUUUCAUGUGCAACCCAUCUAUGUAAUACAGCUCCUACAUGACAGAGGGAGAAUAAAACAAGGUAUCUGUUUUGUAA